GCCCAUUCCUCGGCCUCGCUCAACUGGCUGUCCAAGGUGCCCGAGGGGUUGACCGUGGAAGGCUCUCCUGUGUGGAACGCCGCGAAGAUCCACUACAGUGGGGCCCCCGAUGCGGUGACCAGGGCUUACGAGGACCAGUUGGAGGAAGACAUGGAGGUGUUUUUCAGAUGCAGAGCUCGGGAGAUUGCGGCCGGAGGGCUGAUGCUGUUUAACAUGGCCGUCGUGCCUAGCAGAGACAUGCAGCAUCGUAUGGCUUCGAUGUUUACUUUUAUCGAGUCCAUCCUCAUCGACAUGGUCAACGAGGGAGUAUUAGCGCAAGAGCGAGUGGAUUCGUUCAACAUUCCUAUUGUAUUUCCUUGCGUGGAUCAAGUAAGGAGAUUGAUUGAGAAAAACAAAUGUUUUGAAAUUGUGAAAAUGGAAAAGGUGGAAAUUGCAGGAAAGAGGGAUAGUAAGAUUUCAGUAAUGCACAUUAGAGCAGGAUUGGAAGGGACUUUGAGCCAUCACUUUGGAAGUGAGACUGUGGAACAAAUUUUUGAGAGGGCCAUCCAACAACAACACAAUCUUAAAUUCAAUCAAAUUGACAUAAGCUCUACCGGUAUCUUUGUUGUGCUCAGGCGCAACUAAAUAAAUUAAUAUUUUUUCUCUUUAAUAAGGUAGAAUCAUAUCAAUAAAUGCAAGAGCUCAAAAAUUGUACACCGAUUCAUAUCAUUCCAGUUAACUAUUUUUAUUUUUAUA